AUGUCUUCGAAAUUACCACCAAGAAAUGAUCCUGACCAACAAAUUACUGAAACCAUCGAUAAAAUUCAAGAAUCGGAAGCUAUUCAUGAUCUUGGUCACGGCAUGACUCCAUUGGGUAAACGUGUAUUGGCUGACACUGAAAAAUUAUUAGAAACAACAAAAAGAGUUCUCGAUGAAAAAAAUACCAAUGAUGAAAUACAAAAUAUCGUUUACUAUGGUACUCAAGGUGCAAGAGAUAUUAGCGGAACGAAAAUUAUUCCUGAAGAUUUUAAACAAAAAGUUCAAGCAGAAACCUCAACUGUUCAACAAGAUGUCUCACCAACAGUACAAGAUGCUUUCAAAAAAAUCCUUAAAAUUCCUAAUCUUAUCAUGUCAAAUUCAGAAUUUCGUUUAUUGAUCAACGAGAUUAAUUCGAUAGUUCAAGAAGCAAUUUCCUUAAAUAUUCCAAAACAAGAUGACUUCACCCCAUCUGACAACAAUAACAAAAAAAUCCAAAAAACCUCUCAUACUCAACAAUCAAAAGAUCCAAAAGAGGCAACCGAAGAAACCGCAAAAGAUGUUGCUCAACAACUACGCGAAGGCACAUAUCCAAUAGCAAAAAAUGCCGCAGAAAUUAGUGGCGAACAUAUCAGAGAUUAUAGUGAGGGUAAAAAAUCAUUGAAAGAAGCUGUUACUGAUGGUGCAUCGUCGUUAAAAACCGCUGUCCAAGAAUCUGUUACAAACUAUCAACUUAGCAAGGAACAACGUGAUCGAUUGGUGACUCGUUUCAAGAAUGUGAUGAUCGAAGCACACAAGAAUCCAGAGUUUCAAGAUGCAAUUUCCGAAUUAUUGGACAUGAUCUCCCGAGUUUCACAACAUACUCAAGAAGUCACCAAACAAAUAUCUGAAACUGUGACCGAAACUACAUCUGUGACGAUAGUUGAUAAUAGUGCAAUUCAGAUUGCCACUAAAAAUGCCAAAGACUUGAUUGAAAACUUUGCUAAUAAUCGAUCGCUUGAUCCAUUGAUCUCAUCUCUCAGAGAACUUGGUACAAAAGUAAAAACUGAUCAAGAAAUGCGUAAUUAUUUUAAAGAUCUUCAACAGUUUGUUGUCAAAUCACUUCAUGACACCAACUUUGUACAGAAUAAUGAUUAUAUUGAUCAUGGAUCAAGAUUGAUUCAAGGUGGUAGAAAAAUUUUGCUGGAGAAGUAUAAUGAUAUCACCAAUCGCAUUCAGAAGGAGGCUAGCACCUUUAACAAAGCAAUUCAAAAAGAUAAAACUUUGUCCGAAUGGACAAAUGAUUUUGAUAAUUUGAUCAAUUUUGCAAAAAUUAUUCCUGUUUUCGCCAAUAAAAUUCAAUACGUGCCGCUUCCAAGAAUUGAGAAUUCGGAUGAAGAAUAUGAUUAUGCUUUUGAUAAUUUUGUUCUUCAUUUACCGGAAAUUCUACCAAGACAUCUUCACAUCAGUUUAACAUCUGACGUUAAUCUGGAUAAUGAGGACGACAAUAUUCUUAAAAAUUAUGCUUCAUUCGAAAUUUCUAAACUUUGUGCCGAUGCACGUAACAUUGCAUUCUUUUAUAAGAAGAAAAAAGGAUUGAUUAAUAUGAUAGAUGUUGGAUUAGUUGAUUUUUCCAUUCCAGAUAAUGGUUUGAAAUUUUAUAUGAAAUUGUUUUUAGACCUACCAACAGAAGAUCGCCCCUACCUUCAGUUGAACGUAUUAGAAGCAGAAACUCAAAUUGAAUCUUUAAAACUUCGUUUACAUGAUACAAAACAUGAUUUCUUGUAUACCAUUUUAACCCCAUUGGUCCAAAAUAGGAUUAGAAAACAACUUGAAAACUUGAUCACAGAAAAAAUAAAAUCAGCGGUCCAAUAUUUACAAGAAAACCUUAAACGACUUCAAUCUCAAACUUCUAAAUUUCAACAAAAUAUCAAUAUUAAGGAUAAGAUUGUGACUGCCACUAGCGCCAUCACCGGUGAUACGGGAAUUCGACAACCUGAUCCAAAUAAAUCGAAAGCUAAAGAAGUUUGGCAAAGUCAGGCUUUUGAUCCGGACACAAAUACUUAUGCCAUGGAAGAAUAA